AUGAUGGAGAUCACAGCUUCUGAGAAGCGUCCCGCUUGUCCUAAGUUGUUGGAGUGUGAGCCUGAGUCAAAAUCUUUGAAAACAGGAAAUCCAGGGAAGCCAAAGCUGACAAGAAAAGGUGGGAUUGAGUUUCGAAACAAUUCUUUCAACCUUCCUUGUGGGCCUCAGACUUUGACACAGCUCAUGGACUGGCCAAAGUUCAUUGUCAGCCAAGUCAUUGCAGACCCUGGCAGAAAGACCAGGUUGUUUGAUGUGAUGAAUCGUGGCAUGACAGUCCACACUGCGUAUUCCGGACUUGACGCGCCAAGAGAAGUCUUGUCACAGGUGACCAAUGAGUUGCAAAGGAGCUUCAAUCUGUGGACGCAGGUUGAUUUCAUUCAUGCCUGUGACAACGCGUCUGGCCCACAGGCGGUAUUGGUCAGCUUAGCAAAGCAGUUGGAUUUGAGUUGUUCCUGUGUCUUCUCAGACAUUGAGGACCGUUUGCCACUAGAAACGGUGGCAGAGUUGAAUGCCCUGAACCCUGAGAAGGACAUGUCCUAUGAAGCCAAGGCAGCUGCUUACAAACAGAUGUGGCAGCAUUUGGAUGACGACAGGAAGACAGUCUUCAACCCGUUUGCUACCUCCCAGUGCCUUGUCCACAUGAGGCAGCGCCGCAUUGUCGGUGAUCGCGUAAGCUUCGACCCAGACUCCCAAGACACCCAGGAGAUGUCUCCAGGACUGGCUGGCCACAGGCCUUUGAAAGUUCACUUCGCAGGAACUGUGUGCAAAGGCUGGAGCUGUGCUGGAAGCAGAGCGCAGUUCAGCCAUGAAUCGGAGCGAACGCACUCUGUUUGGUUGGCAGAAAGAAAAGCUAGAGCUGAACAGGGCCUGGAAGACAUUUGCUUCCAGGAAUGCACUCCAGCUUAUGCAGUGCAAGAGAAGUUGAAGGUGCCUCUGGAAGACACGCAUUCUGUUCAUGCCUUGAAGACCUGCCCACAGCUGCAAGGCUGGCCUACUUCGAGGCCAAGGUCCUAUACGGUUCUGCUCAACAAGAAGAGGUGGGUUUGGGUGGGCCCUUCUACAGACUUGGCGAUCCAGCAAGAGUUCAAUGAACUCUUUCAGAGGAGCACAGAGAUGACCGGUGAUGCUUUCUUUGUUGCCCCAGAGAGCCAAAUCAGGGCAGACGUAGCCAGGCGAUUGCAGAAGCGUGGGCAGAAGAGUGAGCUUUUGAAGCUGGACUUGAAUAUGGAGCUGUUGUAUUCUAUGCUACCACCAGGAGCAGGCCAGAGGCUUCAGCAGUAUGAGCAACUGCGUGAAGAGAAGCAAGCGAUUGAGACUGGAAGUUUCAUUUGCGAUGUCAACCAGUGGCCCCAAAGUGGAUGUAGCACUUGUGGCCCCUUCUUUCCUUGCCAGUUGACUCACGCCACCUGUGUGUCAUUGAACCACAUGCGGCCAGCUGUUGGCCUGGAGUACUUGCUUGCCCAAGGUUUUCACACCUUUCCUGCUGUGCAUGGAGGCAAGGCAGCCCUUGUGCUUCCAAUCUUGGAAAGUUGGAAGACGGAUCAGGUCAUUGCUUUGUCUGGCAACAGCAUGUCGCUGCCAGCCAUUGGAGCUUGGGCGCUGUACGUGUUGGCAAACAUCCAGCCAGUGCAGCAAAUGACCAUCCAACCUGAAUUGAGCAUGUUGACGAAAGGGACGAGUCAAGACUUCUCAUCUCCAAUGAGGCUUCGGAAGUCAACUCCCAAGACGGUUUUCACAGUGUCAGACGAUCAGGAUGAAACUGAUUCUUGCCCGCGAGAUUUGCCAGAUUGCGCGGAUAUGUUUCCAGGUUCAGGUUUUGAUGUUGACUUAGCUCCAUCUGUGCCAGCUUCCUGGACUCUUGAUCUGCCCUUGGAAUCUUCAUUGUCUUCAUAG